AGAUUAGAAAGCCCGGGGUGGGGGUGAAAAGUGACAGAUGCUGAUGCUGAUGCUGAUGCUGGAUGGCAGAGCAUAAAAGAGGAUGCGAUUUCUGAACUCUGAAGCGAAGAAUGGCUUUUUAACAGCAGGGUCUGACCACAAACAAUUCUGUUUCUGCACAACUAUAAAGAGUCAUUGCAAUAUUUUGUUUUAAUUGUAAAAUCCAUUGUGAAUGAGCCGAACAAGGGCAUCUCUCACCGAAUGGAAUACACUGCUGCAAUUGACUGCAUUGCUGCUGUGACAAUGGUUUGCUGAGGUUUCCUUUAGUCUGCUGAAUUGGCUGUAGAAGUGAAUGUAGUAUUUUGUUUUCUUUUUUUUUCCUCGUUGAACUAGACUGAGAUGGCGGAUCAAGCUGAAUGCAGCAUAAAAGUAAUGUGCCGUUUUAGGCCAUUAAAUGAAUCGGAGAUUGUUAGAGGAGACAAAUAUAUUCCUAAAUUUAAAGAAGAUGACACAGUGGUUAUUGCGGGCAAGCCCUAUAUCUUUGACAAAGUGCUCCCACCUAACACUUCACAGGAAAAUGUUUACAAUGCCUGUGCAAAGCAGAUUGUUAAAGAUGUUCUUGGAGGUUACAAUGGAACCAUUUUUGCUUACGGUCAGACCUCCUCAGGAAAAACACACACCAUGGAGGGGAAGCUGCAUAACCCUCAGCUGAUGGGAAUCAUUCCUAGAAUCUCACACGACAUCUUCGAUCACAUUUACUCCAUGGAUGAGAACCUAGAGUUCCACAUCAAGGUUUCUUAUUUUGAGAUCUACAUGGACAAAAUUAGAGAUCUGCUAGAUGUUUCCAAGACCAACCUAGCUGUACAUGAAGACAAAAACAGAGUUCCAUAUGUGAAGGGUUGCACAGAGAGGUUUGUCUCCAGUCCCGAGGAGGUGAUGGAUGUUAUUGAUGAAGGAAAAGCCAAUCGCCACGUUGCUGUUACAAAUAUGAAUGAACACAGCUCCAGGAGCCACAGCAUCUUCUUGAUUAAUAUUAAACAAGAAAACGUGGAGACAGAGAAGAAGCUGUGUGGGAAGCUGUAUCUGGUAGACUUGGCUGGUAGUGAGAAGGUCAGCAAGACUGGUGCAGAAGGAGCUGUUCUAGAUGAAGCUAAAAAUAUCAACAAGUCUCUGUCUGCUCUGGGCAAUGUCAUUUCUGCACUGGCAGAAGGGACUAAAACCCACGUACCAUACAGAGACAGCAAGAUGACCCGUAUUCUCCAAGACUCUCUGGGGGGCAACUGCAGAACCACCAUCGUCAUCUGCUGCUCCCCUUCUGUCUAUAAUGAGGCUGAAACCAAGUCCACCCUGAUGUUCGGACAGAGAGCCAAAACCAUCAAAAACACAGUAUCAGUGAACCUGGAGCUGACGGCAGAGGAGUGGAAGAAGAAGUAUGAGAAGGAGAAGGAGAAGAGCAAGAGCCUGAAGAAUGUCAUCCAGCAGCUGGAGCUGGAGCUAAAUCGCUGGAGGAACGGUGAGGCAGUACCUGAAGAUGAGCAGCUGAGUGCUGAGGAUCAGAAGAACCUGGAGCCUUGUGAUAACACUCCCAUUAUCGACAACCUGGCCUCCCCCAACCCCUCGUUGUCAGCAGAGGAGAAGAGCAAGUACGAGGAGAACAUCGCAAACCUGUACAAACAGCUUGACGACAAGGAUGAUGAGAUUAACCAGCAGAGCCAAUUGGCCGAGAAACUGAAACAGCAGAUGCUAGACCAGGAUGAGCUGCUGGCGUCGACGAGGCGGGACUAUGAGAAGAUCCAGGAGGACCUGACGAGGCUGCAGAUGGAGAACGAGGCUGCGAAGGACGAGGUGAAGGAGGUGCUGCAAGCCCUGGAGGAGCUGGCUGUCAACUACGACCAGAAAUCCCAGGAGGUGGAGGACAGGACCCAGGCCAACGAGCAGCUCGCCGAUGAGCUCGCCCAGAAAACAACGUGCCUUUGGGCCGUCCAGCGCGAGCUGAACCAGCUUCAAGAACUGAGCAAGCACCAGAAGAAGAGAGCAGCUGAGAUCCUUAACCUCCUGCUGAAGGACCUGAAUGAGAUCGGGGGCAUCAUCGGCACCAACGACAUCAAAGUGAUGACCGAGGUGAACGGUGUCAUUGAGGAGGAGUUCACCAUGGCUCGUCUCUACAUCAGCAAGAUGAAGUCGGAGGUGAAGUCGCUAGUUAACCGCAGCAAGCAGCUGGAGACCUCGCAGAUCGACACCACCCGGAAGAUGCAGGUCAACGAGAAGGAACUGGCUUCCUGUCAGCUCCUCAUCUCGCAGCACCAAGCUAAAAUCAAGUCCCUGACAGAUUACAUGCAGAAUGUGGAGCAGAAGAAGAGACAGCUUGAGGAGUCGCAGGACGCGCUCACAGAGGAGCUGGCCAAACUCAAUGCCCAAGCAGAUGCAAUGCAUGAAGUGUCAGUUAUGGACAAAGAGAAGGAACACAUGACCUUGCUCCAGGAUGCUGUAGAGAUGAAGGAGACCCUGGAGAAACAGAUGGAGAGUCACAGAGAGAUCCACCAGAAGCAGCUGUCCAGACUGCGAGAUGAGAUCGAGGACAAACAGAAAAUGAUCGAUGAGCUCAAAGACUUGAAUCAGAAACUGCAGCUGGAGCAUAAAAAACUCAUCUCCGAUUAUGAUAAACUGAAGACUGAAGAGCAGGAGAAGGAUAUGAAGCUGCAGAAACUCAUUAUCCUUAAUGACAAAAGGGAGCUAGCGAAGCAGGACCUCAAAGGCCUAGAAGAGACUGUGGCCAAGGAGCUCCAGACACUCCACAACCUCCGUAGACUUUUUGUUCAAGACCUCACGACUCGCGUCAAGAAAAGCACUGAACUGGACUGUGAUGAUGGAGGGGGGAGCGCCGCACAGAAACAGAAAAUCUCCUUUCUUGAGAACAACCUGGAGCAGCUUACAAAAGUUCACAAACAGCUGGUACGUGACAAUGCAGAUCUGCGUUGUGAGCUUCCUAAACUGGAAAAACGUCUCCGAGCUACAGCUGAGAGAGUCAAGGCCCUUGAGAGUGCACUGAAGGAGGCCAAAGAAAACACCAUGAAGGACCGCAAGCGCUACCAGCAGGAGGUGGACCGGAUCAAGGAAGCCGUGAGAGCCAAGAACAUGGCCAGGCGAGGGCACUCCGCUCAGAUCGCCAAGCCUAUUCGUCCUGGGCAUUGCCCAGCAUCCUCACCAACAGCUGCCCACACCGUCCGUGGUGGCGGAGGAGGAUCGUCGAUCUCCAGUUAUCACCACAACAUGAAGUAGAGGAUGAAUGAGCCCAAAAAGCAUGUACAGAACAUCUGAACAUCAGAUCAGUACCCCUACAGGACCUGCUAUUCAUCUUCCAGAGCUUUCACCUGCAAGCUUUUCAGAAGCUAAGUGUGGACACACUUUCCUUUUCCUUUUCACUGUCUGAAAGAGACAGUAUGCUGUAUAGGGAAAAGCCUUUAGUUGCUGAAAUAGUGCUUUCUCUCCACUGACUGUGUUAACCAUGAAACAAGUAAUGAAGUAACAUCUUUAGGAAGGCUAAUGUCUUCUAUUGUGAGUCUGUGUAUUGUAUAAUACAGUGUCAAUGUAUAUGCAUUUGGGUGGAGGGUGGAAUGUGAUGUCAGUAACACUGCUAUAUGAUAUAGUACUUACUCCAACUGUUGUGUUAUAUAGGUUUGUGAAAGUAAAAACAAAUUCACAUAAGCAAUCCUAAUAUAGAAUGCUAUCCUAAUAUGAAAUUAAAUGAUUUGUUUGUUAGUAUUAUCAUCUUACCUGUGACCAAAUUGGCUUCAUCAGAUUUAGAUCCAGUUAAAACCAGGUAGGCUGGUGAAGUAAAUUUGGUCAGGCAAUGUAUAAACCAAAUGGAGUUAAAAGAUUUUGUUGCUGCUGUUUAAGGUUUGUAAUGCAAUUAUUUUGUUGUUGCUGCUCCUGCCCAUUAACAUUAAAACUUUAACAAUAAAACUUGAUUAAAAUAGCACUUCAGGUAAGAGUUUGUAUUGAGUGUGUAGAGAAGACAUCUCCGUCACCAAAAAGGGUUGUUUGCCUAAUGAACUGUACAGGUAAACAACACUUAACCUUGUAACAGUUAUCACUAGAUCAGAUAGUACUGCUGCUGGUAAACAGGCUCAGGUCAAAACAACGGAAUCUAAUUGUUAUUCACUGUGUAUUGGUUUUAAUAAGGGUGCAAUUUCAUCUAUAAAAAACAUAUUCAUGUCACAUUUAUUAAGGUCAACACAAAAUGUUAAGAUAUUUUCUAGCACCUAAUUUUUUUUGCAAUUCAUUUUUUAAGUAUAUUGUUUGCAUUAUUUUUGUUAUUGUAUAUUUUAUUUAAUAAAGAUGUCAUAUUUGUUUUUGUA